AUGGCUAAAGAGAUCAUAGGUAUAAAGUGGCAAAAGUUAAGCCCAUCUGAAUUCCAUCAGCUACAGGAAUAUACAUCAUAUUCAUCUAAACAGUUGAAAGAUGUAUUAAAAGAAUUUGAUGGAGAUGGAGUUUUAUCUAAAUAUAAUCCCGAGGAGCCAAUGGACUAUGAAGGAUUUACUUUGUUUAUGGAUGCGUAUUUUGAAGCUCAGGUGCCUGAAGAAUUAUGUCAACAUGUCUUCCUUUCUUUUAUGAAAAAACCAGUUACCCCUUCUGCCAGUGGUAAGGAUUAUAAUUUAAAGGAUGUGGCAGUGGUUGCUCAAACUGUGUGUGCACCAAUCACUCACCAAACUACAACAGGUUUUCAUGUUGAGAAAGAAAAACACCAUGGAUUAGCUGAAAAACUUCAUGGAUUAACUGAAAAAUUACAUGGUUUAGGUCACCAUUCGAGUGAUAAAAGUCACCGUCAUGAUAGUACGGGCUAUGAGUCUGGUAGACAGAGUCGUGCAGGCUCCACAUCAGCAUCAAUCCAUACAACUAUAGGGAUUGCGUCGGCAGCAGAUAGAGCAUUAUUAGAAGAAGAAUUAGCAAAAGAAGCCUCCAAUCACUCUCGGUCAUCUUCUAAAAAAUCAAACCACAGUAUACAUAGCAUACAUAAUGGUCCAUUAUUAGAAAGUGUUGAUCCAUGGAUACGCCAGUCAAACUCUUCAUUAUUAAAAACACAAACAGACAAAAGAUUAGAUCAGAGACAUCGUACAAAUAGUUUUGAUAUAAAAAAUGGACAUAUUUAUUUGAAAGAUUUAGUGUGUUAUUUAUCAUUAUUAGAGGCUGGAAGACCUGAAGAUAAACUAGAAUUUAUGUUCAGAUUGUAUGAUGCAGAUGGAAAUGGUCUCUUAGAUUCUAGUGAAUUAGAUUGUAUUGUUAAUCAAAUGAUGUCUGUAGCAGAAUAUCUUGGUUGGGAUGUUUCAGAACUAAAACCAAUAUUACAAGAUAUGAUGUUAGAAAUAGACUAUGAUUCUGAUGGUGUGGUAUCAAUGGAAGAAUGGAAGAAAGGAGGAAUGACCACUAUACCAUUACUAGUUUUAUUAGGUCUAGAUACGAAUGUACAAGAUGAUGGAAGCCAUGUUUGGAGAUUGAAACAUUUUAGUCGACCUGCAUAUUGUAAUUUAUGUUUAAAUUUAUUGGUAGGCUUUGGUAAACAGGGUCUCAGUUGUACUUUUUGUAAAUAUACAGUUCACGAAAGAUGUGUUCAUAGAGCUCCAGCCUCCUGUAUUACUACCUAUACUAAGUCUAAAAAGACAGUUCAGACAAUGAACCAUCAUUGGGUGGAAGGAAAUUGUGCUGGAAAAUGUGAUAAGUGUAGAAAAUCUAUUAAAUCUUACAAUGGUGUAACAGGUUUACACUGUAGAUGGUGUCAUCUAACUCUGCAUAAUAAAUGUGCAUCACAGUUGAAACCUGAAUGUGAUCUGGGACCAUUCCGUGACCAUACUUUACCUCCUAUAACUAUAUGUCCAGCUGUGCUGGACCGACCAAGAAGUGACAAAAAUAAAAGUUUAACAAGAGUUGAUUCAGCCAACUUAGAUGGACCCAUGCAGGGCCAAAGCUCAUUUCAAGUGAUCCCAUUUGAAGGCUCCCAUCCAUUAUUAGUUUUUAUUAAUCCUAAAUCUGGGGGAAAACAAGGUGGAAGAAUAUUACGGAAGUUCCAGUAUUUAUUGAAUCCACGUCAAGUUUAUGAUAUGAUUAAAUGUGGACCAACUGAAGGAUUACAGUUUUUUAAAGAUAUACCAAAUUGUCGUGUGUUAGUCUGUGGUGGAGAUGGUUCUGUUGGUUGGUUAUUAGAUACUAUUGAUAAAAUGAAUUUUGCUCAAAAACCACCAAUAGCUGUUUUACCAUUAGGUACUGGCAAUGAUUUAGCUCGCUGCCUUAGAUGGGGAGGAGGUUAUGAAGGAGAGAAUUUAAUUAAAAUAUUAAAGCGUAUUGAACAUAGUCAGGCUGUGAUGAUUGAUAGAUGGAAGAUCGAGUUCAGUAAACCUGAUGAUGCAGAAGAUCAAGAGGGUGAUCCUAUACCAUACAAUAUAAUUAAUAAUUACUUCUCAAUUGGAGUGUUUGCUUUUGGUUAUGAAGGAGAGAAUUUGAUUAAAAUAUUAAAGCGUAUUGAACAUAGUCAGGCUGUGAUGAUUGAUAGAUGGAAGAUCGAGUUCAGUAAACCUGAUGAUGCAGAAGAUCAAGAGGGUGAUCCUAUACCAUACAAUAUAAUUAAUAAUUACUUCUCAAUUGGAGUGGAUGCAUCAAUUUGUCACAGAUUUCACAUCAUGAGAGAAAAACACCCUGAAAAAUUUAACAGUCGGAUGAAGAACAAGUUGUGGUAUUUUGAGUUUGGUACAUCAGAAACAUUAGCAGCCACCUGUAAACAUUUACAUGAAGAAAUAGAUAUAAUGUGUGAUGGUGUAUCAUUAGAUUUAUCCAAUGGUCCAAGAUUAGAAGGUAUAGCCUUAUUAAAUAUACCAAGUAUUUAUGGUGGAACUAAUUUAUGGGGAGAUAACCCCAGUCAGAAAAAAAGACGAAAAGCUCAAAAAGCCAAGAAAGAAAAAGAGAAAGAAUUUUCAACUAGUAGUAUGUCUUCAGCAGAAUUAGCAAUAGCUGUGCAAGAUGUGGGAGAUAAAUUGAUAGAAGUUGUAGGUAUUGAUAGUAGUAUGCAUGUUGGACAAGUUUACGCUGGACUUCGGGCUUCAGGCAGGCGUUUAGCACAAUGUUCUCAGGUUGUAAUUAGGACACGUAAAAGGUUUCCAAUGCAAAUUGAUGGAGAACCGUGGAUGCAACCACCUUGUACGAUAUAUAUUACCCAUAAGAACCAAGUGCCAAUGUUAGUGGCUCCUCCUUCCAGUAAAAAAUCCAAACUUUUUAAAAUUUUUAAGAAAUAA